UUCCUGUUGGGUUUGCGGGCGGAGCCAAGGCGGGACUAAAGUCUACAAAAAUGAAAAUAAGCGACAGGAAGUUGGGCUGUUGGUUGGUCAAAAAGAAAAGGGAAGCAAACAACUAGAUUUUGCGUCUCAGAAGCUAUCAAACUCACUUGGGGAAAAAAUAGUCUCAACAUGGCACACAACUCAACAAACAAUGUACAGAUAUUCAACAAAGCCAGGGUGGAGCUUCAUCUUCAUCUUGAUGGGGCUAUAAAACCUGAGACAAUUUUAUACUUUGGCAAAAAACGAGGUAUCAGAUUACCAGCUGACUCUAUGGAAGGGCUUAUGGACUACAUUGGAUAUGAAGAACCCCGUAAUCUGACUCAGUUUCUUGAAUUGUUUAACUACUACAUGCCAGCUAUUGCUGGAGACCGGGAAGCUGUGAAAAGAAUAGCUUAUGAACUUGUGCAAAUGAAAGCAAGAGAAGGUGUUAUAUAUUUUGAAGCAAGAUACAGUCCUCAUCUUUUUGCCAACUCCAAUGUUAUUCCUAUUCCUUGGAACCAAAACCCAGGGGACCUGACUCCAGAUGAAGUAGUUCACCUUGUCAACCAGGGUCUCCAGGAAGGAGAGAAGGAAUUUAAAAUCAAAGCAAGGUCCAUUCUUUGCUGCAUGCGUCACAUGCCAGAAUGGUCUGCUGAAGUUGUGAGCCUGUGUAAGAAAUAUCGCAAUGAAGGUGUUGUGGGCAUUGACUUGGCAGGUGAUGAAUCUUUAAACUGUGACAUCAACUCAGGCCAUUGCAUGGCCUAUGAGGAGGCUUUUAAAAGUGGCAUCCAUCGAACUGUACAUGCAGGUGAAGUUGGACCUCCUACAGUGGUCAAAGAGGCAGUAGACAUUUUGAAGGCUGAACGGAUUGGACAUGGGUAUCACACAGUUGAAGAUCCUUGUCUCUACAAGCGCUUGUUAAAAAUGAAUAUGCAUUUUGAGGUAUGCCCCUGGUCUAGCUAUCUCACUGGAGCCUGUGACCCAGAUUUAACUAAGCAUCCAAGUAUAAGGUUCAGAGAAGAUGAAGCAAACUAUUCUCUGAAUAGCGAUGAUCCACUGAUAUUCAAAUCCACACUAGAUAAAGAUUAUCACAUUGCAUCAAAAUACAUGGGUUUCACAGAAGACGAUUUCAUGAAAGUGAAUAUUAAUGCAGCUAGAUCCUGCUUUCUCCCUGAUAAGGAAAAAGAAGAACUUCUAUCCACAUUAUACAAGGCUUAUGGGAUGGUACAAAGCACUGUGUGUUAAAUAACUACUGGCAAAUCACCAAUACAAAUAGGAAAUUACUUUUCCAAGUGACGUAUCCAAUUACAGACUGAAAAUUGAAAUUAUCCGAUAAUAUUCCUUUGACUGUCCAAAUUGUGACUAUUGUGUAAGACAACAUUCUUUGCAAAUUUAUGAAGAGUGAAGUGUGGUCUAAAUUGUCUUUUAACUUUCAAUGAUUUUCAAGUUCUUUGCAAUCAAGAAUGUAAACAAAAUUAAAUCACAACGUCCUAAGUUAUUUGGAUAAUGAUUUUAAAGAAUCAUUUAAAAUGCACAGAACAUUGUUUCAUAAUUUAUAUGUUCUACAUUAAGGGAUUUUAUAGCCUGGUACUUCAAAUACACGUAUUCCAAAUGAUUACUAAACUAUGACUAAUAAAAGAUUUUUAAUGUGGCUGAUUCAUUCAAUUGUAUUGGUUGGUUCCAGUUGCACACCCAGAAUUAUGGACAAAUUCCCUCAUACGGGAUACCAACUUGCGCACUAUGGAUUUCAUAUCAAUAAGCACAACAUAAGAACACUGCAUCAUCAUGCUAAUCUAAUGUAUGUGAAGAGAAAUUGUUUGCUCAGUCAAUGCCUUGUAGAAAAUGAUGGGAAAGAGAGAAUGCGGGAAGCCUGACCUGUUUUGACAAAGGGCCCAUUUGGUCUUUCGGGAAUUAAUUUAUAUCACUAGACGAUGAUUGGAAAUGGGUUGAUGCUCCAUGAAUAGUAAUGGUUGAGCAUAGUUUCAUUUACAAUCUAUAAUUAGUUUAUUGUUAUUGAGAAGUGAAGCAUUCCAAUUUUUAGAAAUGGAAGACCAAAAGCAGACCCUCCACAUAUUUCAGUGGCUUUGUUAUAUCCCUGAUCUGGAUCUUUCAUGGUUUAAAUAAUUGGGGACUUAUAGCGUAUUGUGUUAGUGUGUGCAGUAUAUUUAUGUUUAGUUAUAAAAACUAAAUUUAAAGUAUUUUUCCUGUUGCUGCAAUUAGUAUACAUAACUAUACAGGUAAGCUACUAGAGCAUUCACAAAAUAUCAUUGUGUGUCUCAUAUACAUUACUGCAUAUCCUUUAUACUAUACUACCAGCUACUUUCAGCUUGCACUUCUUCCACCAGGAACUAGUUACAUUCUCAACAUUUCAGUAAACAUUCAGGUGCAAUUUUUUGAUUACAAAGUCUUAAUGUUCAACUGUGAACAUUACAGCUGUGUUAUCCUUGCUGUAGUGAUAUCAUGAUACUGAGAUAUGUUUCAUUUGAUGUGGAAACAAAAGUAGUUAUCAUUGUCUCAGCGUUGCACUUUCUUGGAAGGCUUAUAAAUGAAGCAUUUUGUGCAGCUGUUUUUUCCAAAUUGUUGUGCAAAACACUCCCACAGUUUAUUUAGAUCACACUGCCACUGUAUACCACUGAAAGUUGAGUAUUGGAAAAAUAUUUAAAUACCUUUCCAAAACUUUACAAUGAGAACAAAUCAAAAUUGAUGUCCUCCUUUAAAUGUAUCAAAGGAAGUGCUGGCACACGCCUUUUAUAUGUCACUCCUAUAAGAAGUGCAGCUAUUGUACAUAUACAGAAUUCACGUGUACUGAAGCAUUUUUUACAUAUGGAUAAUUUGUAAAAUGUACAAAAAAUAACUUCAAAUUUGAGGCUUUUUUCAAAACUGUUUCAAACUAAUCUCGAAUUCCAAUUGUAUUUGUCUAAAUCUCCAUCUCUAUACUGUUAGUUAGAACUUAUCAAUGUCUAACAGAGCAUAGCUAACAAUUCCAUAAAUGACACUCCUUUACAGAAGAUUCGUUAAAAAAGACUUGAUUAGAAGUUUGACUGCAAAUGGUCUGAUUUUAGAAACUGAAUUGAUGUGUAAAGAUGAUUUAUAAAGUGGAAUUAAGCAAACAACUUAUAAUAUUAAAAUAAACCCUUUUAAAAAAAA